UGGACUGAACGAAACAAUAUGACUAAUUUGACAUUUCUUUGGCUGACUUUAGUUUUGUGUUUCAUUAACGUUUCCAUUGGCAGGGCCGAGGAUAAGCCCUAUAACGUUGAGUUAAACUCUUUCGAUAAGAAUUCAGAUUUCGAAAACGAUGGCAAAUGGGUCGACUGGGGCACUCUUCGUAUGAAGAAAGUAGGACGCAAUAAAUUUACCCUAGCCGGAGAUUUUGAGUUCAAGUUAAAUAUGGGCGACGAACAGAGGAUAUCGUUACAAGUGUUUGUCUAUGAUUCCAAUAACAAACAGAAGGGAAUGCUUGUCAUGAAUGUGAAUAAGCCGUUCUGUCAGUUUGUCAAUGAGGACACCGAUACCUAUCCCUAUUUGAAGGAGGCCUCCAAUUUGCCCGAUCAAGGCGGUUGCCCGUUCCCCAAGGGCGAGUAUACCAUCAAUAAUUAUGAGCUGGAGACAAAUUUCCUACCCGACGAUGCGCCCAAAGGUGAUUAUCUCAUUGAAUUGACAACGAUGGAUAAAGACACAGGCGUGGCUGGGCUCAUUGCCAUUGUCACCUUGACAUAGAAAUGAAUCAAUGUCGUUCUUUUUUUUGUUGCUGGUUUUUUUUUUUUUUUUUGUGGGUGGAUCCCCAAUUGACAGCAAAGCUUCUGAUUUGCGAUCUAUUUGUGCAUAAUUUUUAGUUCUAAGUGCUAUAUCAAUUUAUAUUUCUUGCCUGAUUGGAUACAAUAUAGACAAUUUCGCUUUCAAAGACAAA